UCGAGUUUAGCUCACUGCAUCGAACCUCGAAAUUCAGCUGAACAGAGACCGUAAUCAAAUCAGAGUUUGUGCUGUUUUUUGUUUUGUUUUGUUUUGAAGCGCAUAACAAUGAAGGCUUUUGUUUUUACGUUGGUGUUUUGCUAUUAUUUGAACCUUGGCGUUAUAGGUAACAAAUAUUCCAGGAAUGUAAACGAACCUAAAAAAGACAGUGGUGAUGAUAAUAGGAGCGUUGAUUUCAGGAUUGCCAAAUUGAACCAGGUUUGGGAGAAAGCACUCCGGCUUCAGUUGGCCCCUGUAAAGCAGGCUGAGCUGCACAGUGAUCUGAAAAUUCAAGAGAAGGACGAGCUCCACUGGAAAAAACUGAAGGCAGAGGGUAUGGAUGAGGACGGUGAAAAAGAAGCAAAACUGAGACGCAAUUUUAAUGUUAUUUUGACCAAAUAUGGGCUUGAUGGGAAGAAGGAUACAAGGAAUUUAGAAAGCAAUUUCUUAAAGGACCACGACAACAGAGAUACUGAUAUGUUUGAGGAUCCUAGACUAGACAAACUCUGGAGCAAGGCAAAAACAUCAGGGAAGUUCUCUGAGGAGGAGCUUCAGAAUCUGAACAGAGAAUUUCAGCAUCACAAAGAUAAAGUACAAGAAUAUAAUAUCGUAAUGGAAACUGUGAGCAGGACUGAAGACGUUUUCAAGAAUGUGAUCAGCCCGUCUGAAAUGGAGAUUAAAGAACAUGUUCUGCAUGAGAAGCACUCUGAGCUUAAAGAAAAGCUCAGGAACAUCAACCAAGGCUUUGAACGCUUGCGCAAGAUCAGCCAUCAUGGUUUUGAUGUUGACAGUGAAUUUAAAGAACCCAGAGUUGCUGAACUUUGGGAUAUGGCAAAAGAGGGUAACUUCACAGAUGAUGAGCUUGAAUCAUUUAAAGAGGAGCUGAGGCACUUUGAGACAAAGGUGGAAAAGCACAAGCAUUACCAGGAACAGCUAGAGCUUUCACACCAGAAACUCAAACAUGUGGAGGCUUUGGGAGAUAAGGAGCACAUGGUUAGAAACAAAGAAAAAUACACCAAGCUAGCUGAGAAGACUAGAGAAAUGGGGUAUAAGAUGAAGAAACACAUGCAGGACCUGACAAGUCGCCUUGCAAGGGAAGCACUUCAGCACAAUGAGCUUUGAGUAGUGUUCACAAGUUUGCUUUUAUCUUGUAAUAAAAGCAAAUUAAAGGACCAUCCAGUCAUGUGUACCACAAAUGUCCAAACAUCUUUGAUCCUGCUGGAUGUGAUUUUUUUUAAAAGGCCGAUGUGUUUGUUACGUUGCCAAUGAAAGUUUUUUUUUUUUUUUAUGCAAUAAUGUAUUAGGUAUUUGAAUUGUAAUGUUCCAUCUUCCAACAUUCAGUAGUAGAUUUAAACGAUUGGCUGUAAGCCUAAUUGUUCCUAUAUUUUAUGAGCAACAUUCUUUUAAUGCAAGGAAAACUCAUCAUUCAGAUUUCCUGUUAAUCUGCAUAAAUACCACUGCCAUAUAUUACAGUUGUGUACCAAGAUUAGUGUCUGGUGUUUUGAGCUGUAAAAGUAUGCAUAAUGCCAGAUUGGGUUUCUAUUAAUGGUUUAAAUGGCAGCAGUAUUUACAUCUCACAUUGUUCAGAUCAACUGAGAAGUGUUUAAAUUACAGAUAAAUAUUGUACAUGUUCUAGAAUUUGAUUUGAAUUGAUAAUGUAGUCUCCAUUCCAAUGUUUAAUAAAAGGUUUGAAAAUA